CAUCAGCUACAUAUUGUAGUUCAAACUGCUUGAUCGCAGGAGCUGUAUCGUGAUUCUGUGAGGUAUUGCUGGUAUAUAAGGACUUCUGCGCGCCUUUUUAACUCCAGUCACAUUCGUUUCCAAUCAUAGACAAGUUGAAUAUAGGCCUUCAUACACAUUACAGAAAAGAGUGAAGGCUCUGCAUUGGAAUUAACAUUUACUUACUUCGGAUUAGAAAUAUCACAAUCAAAUAAAAAUGGUGGCUGGUUGUGGACCAAAGAUUGCUAAAUGCUUUUUGUUCAUCUUGAACUUCUGCCUUUGGGUUUGCAGUAUUGCCCUGAUCGCUGGAGGCGCUUAUGUGACAGCUGAGUACAAACGCUAUGUGGAUCUCUUCUCAGAGGACACCAUCCUGACAGUAUCAUGGACGACGAUCGGGAUCGGGAUCGUCAUUUUCAUUGUCGGGUUUGCGGGAUGCUGCGGGGCCAUCGGCGAGAACUCGUGUCUCCUGAAAAUGUAUUUCAUGUUUGUUCUCAUCAUCGUUCUUGCUGAGGCUGCCUUGGGAAUUCUAACGUUUGUCUACAGUGAUGAUAUUGAGCAGAGUUUGGAAGAUGGUAUGCUGCAAUCAAUUAACGAAACCUAUGGUCUAAAUAAAGGGGCUACGGAAGCUGUAGAUGACAUCCAAAAAUUGUUUGAAUGUUGCGGUGCCAAAGGAUAUAGUGACUACAUGUACUCGGAACAUCUUAAAACGGGACGAGCAGUACCCGAAUCAUGCUGCGCUAAGAACAGUACCACAGGAAUCACUGCCAACUGCACGAUCGGAGCCAAAGGUCAGCCGACGGACCCUGAUCUUGUUUGGAAAGAUGGUUGUGUGGACGCUUCAAAAGAUACGAUACAGAAUCAUUACAUCAUAAUUGGAGCUGUGGCGUUCGGAUUUCUCAUCUUUGAGAUCCUAACUAUGGUGUUUGCUUGCUGUGUCAUUAGUGGCAUCAACAAGGAUGGAUAUGAUAAAUAUGCAUAGAAAAAUAUUUUCAUUUCUUUGAAGCCGAAGAUGUGGAGGAGGAUAUCAAGGAGAUCGACUGUCGGCAAAGACGUUCACAUCGAGUCAAUAAAGAAUCCUACGGAUUUCCACUAUCUGUGUUGCUCUCGAAAACUUUUGAAUUCUGUUUUUUUUACGGGUCCCGAACAUUUUUCUCUAAAUAUAAAUCUACAGCUGGAAGAAAACGCUUUCUAAAAGUAUGAAAUAAACUAGUCACCAAACAAUAAGUAUUCCCUAAUGGGCAUUUCACUAAGGGAAAAUAAUUGACGCUUGAAACGGCGAGGGUAAACUCCAGAGAAUACAUUUAUGACAAUUCAAAUCAAACAAGCUAAAUUUACAUUCCUUUUAAAGAAGAAACACGGCUUUGCGAAAAGCCGUAUAUAUUUGUAUGUUAUAAUAAUUAAUAAAAGUUGAAUUUCAUUUUAAAAAAAUCAGGAGAGGGUGUUCUUUCAUGGUGAGGCUAUCUUGUCAACACAAAAAAAGUUUGAUAAGAGUAAGUCAAACACGACAAUAGUUUUAUUGAUAUGGAUAGUUUUGGUGGAGAUUUAUAAUUGGUUCUGUAAAUAGAAUUACUGUAAAGUCUUUGUGAAUAUGUCUGUACAUAGGUCUGUAGAUGUAUGUCGCGUUUGAGCCCUUAUAUCUGUCUCUUGCUUCAUCUACAUCAUUGUAUAAAUACAACCAGAUAAGAAUUAAGUCAAAGUGAUUAACAAAAAGGAUUCAUUGUUUUAUAUGCUUCAUAUUCAGUUGUAAUCAUUUACAGUCUUU